UUUUGUUGUUGUUGUUCUUUAUGUAGUUUGUGAUCGUCAUCGUGCGAUUUUCUAUGGUAGGCUGAAUCACAGUUGUCGUAAUGCUCGGGACUGACGCUGUUUCUCUGUAGGGCUCCUCAGAGCAGCCCGGCGUCCCACCACAGAGGCAGACGGACUUGGACGGGCAUGUGGAGAGCGUGAAGCCCAACGUGAGGCUCCUCCGCGCCGCUCCACUCCCCCGCGGCGGCUCCCCAUUCCACGUUGUGAUUUGCAUGCCUCCUCUACUUCCUGCUGCAGAGCCAGUUCUGCAGCCUACCUGGGAGAGGAAGGGAGGCUGUCGUAAAAGGAGAAAAAAAAAAACAGCCGCGGAGGGAGAGCCGGCUGUACGCGCGUAGGAUUCGCUCCAGCCCUGUCUCCAUCCCGCUGAGCUCAGGGCGAGCGUCCCUCAGCCCAAGUUUGCUGGAAAAUUCUGACCUUGCAGCACGGCAGUUGACUCCCAUUUCUCGUGUGACUACAAAACUGGGAAAUGGCCUCUGUGUCAGGCACUUUUGUGAGCCGAAGCAUACCGGUGGAAGUGGAUGAAUCCAUGCUGUAUUCCCCAUUUCCUGAACCUGUCUUGGAAGAGGCUUCACAGCCUUCUGUGGAGAAUGUGGAGGAUGAGGAGUGCCAGAGACCACGUGCCAAUGCAGCACAUCUCUGCAGAGCACUGGCGCAUCACCAGCUGGCCAUGGGGCCGGACAGCAGGCCAUGGUCAGAAUAUACCGAUCCUGAUGGAUGUGGGCGCUUCUGUUCUCCCAGUGAAUCAUUACUGGAAGUAGUUCGUUCCAAGAUGCAUCUUUUAACUAUGGACAAAUCAGACAUGCAGCCAGGACCGCUGCUUUCAGCUGAUACCAACUCCAGUAAGUCAGAGCGGAGCUCGCAUGAUGCUCCUGAGGACUCUUUGGAGGAGAACAACAAAGGGAGUUCAUGGUCACAGCAGCCUUCAGGAGACAAACUCCCAGCAGAGCUGGCAACUGAGGACACAGGUUACAACUCCCAGUCCCAAGACAUCAUGGGUGUCAGGCACCUGGAGCUCCCCUUACCACUUGUGUCCAUGGUGAACCCCCAGGACCUCCCAGGACCACUGAUCUCCAGAGAGUUUUUUGGACCGGAGCCUCAGCAGGACCCCAGGUGCCAGCACUUGCCCCAUCCCAACCCCUCUGCACAAGCCCAUGGCUUCUGUGGGCACCGUUAUAUGGCAGAGCAGCAACUGCACGGCCCAUAUGGCAGAGCUCCUUACCAGCAUUUUGCACAUACAUCGCAACCGCUCCCUCCUGUUCCUGGACCCUGCGUGAGAGUUAUCCGCCCAGCCCAGCAAGUCAUCCCCAAUUACUCCAACCUUCGUGCUCCCAAGGGCACCACUGAGCGACCUCCACAGAGGCUGUGCUCCUCCCCUGGUCCUCCUCGAUUCCCAAACCAGUUGUACAACCAGCUACCUAACGGCCAGCUGCCCCAGAAGGCAUGUGGCCCAGAUGAAGCGUGUUGUUGUCCUUCUGACUAUUUUCCAUCUCCAGCUGCUGUCCCAAGACCUCUCAGUAACCCGGCAGCCAAGGGAACUCUGAGAACCAGCAAUUUGCCGGAAGAGUUGCGCAAGGUUUUUAUAACCUAUUCUGUGGACACAGCAGUGGAGGUCAUGAAAUUUGUGAACUUCCUGCUUGUAAAUGGAUUUCAAACUGCUAUCGAUAUAUUUGAAGACACAGUACGAGGUAUUGACAUCAUAAAGUGGAUGGAACGCUACCUAGGUGAUAAGACGGUGAUGAUAAUCAUAGCAAUCAGUCCAAAAUACAAACAGGAUGUGGAAGGGGCUGAGUCCCAGCUGGACAGGGAUGAACACGGCUUACAUACUAAAUACAUCCACAGGAUGAUGCAGAUUGAGUUCAUACAACAAGGGAGCAUGAACUUCAGAUUCAUCCCUGUGCUUUUCCCAAAUGCCAAAAAGGAGCACGUGCCUACCUGGUUGCAGAACACUCACAUUUAUAACUGGCCAAAGAACAAGAAGAACAUCCUCCUGCGGCUACUGAGGGAGGAGGAAUAUGUCGCUCCUCCAAUAGGCCCUUUACCAACGCUCCAGGUUGUGCCGCUAUGAACAUUAUCUCUUAAAGUGCACGAGAGGCAGUUGCUAAAGGGUUGCUUUUGGCAGGGAGCCGGCACUCUUCCAGAUGGCUCUUUUUGAUGACAGAAGACACUCUUUCUGCUUAAGGAAUUGGUUGUCUUGGGUAGCUCAGGCUCAGCUUGUUCUCCACCACGUUAAACAUCUAUUUCUGAAGCUGAUGGGGCAGAACCCCUUUCUCCUAGGUUUUUUAAAGAAGCCACAAGUGGAACGAAUGCCCAGCUUUAUUUUAACAUCUGUUUUUAACGUACCCCUUUAUUAGUCGAUACAGCAAACAAAUACCAGAAAUAAUGUUGCAAUAAGCGUAAAAUAAAAAUGACGUCCUCCUUUUUGCUCAGGGUUUCUUUAUAGAUAUCCCUGCCUUGUACAGCGUUAUUGAACAGUUAAUUUGUACACGCACUGUUAAAUAUAUUUGCCUUUUGUAAGGCUACCUUGUACAUUG